UUGGAAUGGAAAAUAAUUUAUGUGGGUUCAGCUGAAAGUGAAGAGUAUGAUCAGGUGUUAGACUCUGUUUUAGUAGGACCUGUUCCUGCGGGCAGACACAUGUUUGUAUUUCAGGCUGAUGCACCUAACCCAGGGCUUAUUCCAGAUGCAGAUGCAGUAGGUGUAACAGUUGUUCUAAUUACAUGCACCUAUCGAGGUCAAGAGUUUAUUAGAGUCGGCUACUAUGUUAACAAUGAAUAUACUGAAACAGAACUGAGAGAGAAUCCACCAGUAAAGCCAGAUUUUUCUAAGCUUCAAAGGAAUAUUUUGGCAUCUAAUCCCAGAGUCACGAGAUUCCACAUUAAUUGGGAGGACAACACUGAAAAACUGGAAGAUGCAGAGAGCAGUAACCCAAAUCUACAGUCACUGCUUUCUACAGAUGCAUUACCUUCAGCAUCAAAGGGGUGGUCAACAUCAGAAAAUUCAUUAAAUGUUAUGUUAGAAUCUCAUAUGGACUGCAUGUGACUAACCACCAUCGUUUUGGUACUGUACAUGUGUUAAACUGUAAAAACAACCAGAACUAUUUCCCUCAAGUUCCAUAAGUACAUAGUUGACAAGCAAUGUGAAGAACUUGUUUUAAAACAUCCUGUAGAAAGUUUAUAUAAAAAAAAAAACCACACACAAAAAACAAACAAACAGUAUUUGAGCAAAUUGUGGAAUAUAAAUACAACUAUUUUUAAGUAA